AUGGCAUGCAGCGAUUUUGAGAGUAUUUGCCAAAGAGAAAUAGAAUUUUUAAGGAGUACUUUAGCAGAUUUUCGAAUAGAGGGCUCUUACUGUUACGGACAUACUGGCGAUAAUUAUGAAAAUAUCAUUGAACAAUUCUUGGCACUGAGCUCGACAUGUUUCGUGAAGAAAGAUUCACAUUUCCGACCAAAGGGACACAAGCGAUUUUCCGAAUCAGGUAAUCUAUAUCAUAUUGUUAUUGAUCUCCGUUACCCAGGCCCUUUCAGAGGGGGCGGGGGGGCAAAGGGGGACCCCAAAUUUGCAAAUAAAAACAAAAAUAAUUUCGAACGUUUUUUGGUAAAAAUAAUGGUAUAAGAAAAAAUUUUCUAAACCAAAAAUUUACAUAUAUUGAUCUAAAAAAAGGGUUUAACCCAUGUUGUAACAGAAAUUUGUCCGGAAAAUGUUUUUGAAUUUUAGUUAAACUGAUGUACGUUCAAGCAGAAAAUUUUUUGACCCUUUUUUUAAUGUCCGGAACCCCCAACAACAACACAUUCUUGGGAAAAAUAGGGCCCCCGAAAAAAACUUUGCCCCGGAAUUUCUCUGAUAGGCCCUGCCGUUACCACAAGGAGUCUUGGAGAUUCCAUUAUCCUUACAGUCAUGCAAAACAAUGUAUAUUUGAGGAUCUACAGCAAAAUAAUGCAUUCGUGACGGAACACAACGUAGUACCUGAGAAUGUCCUGACUGAAAUUUUCCAGGAUGAAGAUAUUCUUUACAACUUAAAACAUAUGUCAAAUGUGUACUGGUAAAUGUGUACGCCACAAAGCUUUUCGCGCAGUUUAUAUUUUGCGCACCGCUAAAAUUUCGCGCACUCGGCGCUGUUCGAAUUCUAGUACUGCGCAAAUUUUAAUGCAAGUAAGGCAGUAAUUUUUCAGCUUUGCAAAGAGUGAAAAAAAACCCACAACAUAUAUAAAAGCAUACACGCAUUGAAAGGUUUUUAUAUUAUUUUAUUUAUCCCUUAUGAACUGUUCUUUUCCCAGCCUUUCCAAUGUUUGAACACAAGAGUGGAAAAGUACCCAUUGCAAUGUUUGGUAAACCGUUUAUAAUAAUUGGAACAGAAAUGAGGCACUGUUUACAUGGUUCAGAAAAGGUACAGUAUAGACCUUAAUGAUUUGAUGCGGUCAAGUCCGUGAUGUAAACAAACGCUUUGUUUGCAUUUUGAAUUGCUACAUUUUUAAAAUAUGAUAUACUAACUGAAUUUCUAACACUUUUCUGGUUUGCUAUGCUUGCAAAUGAAUAUAAACUAGAGUUUUAAUUCAAAAAAGUUCGAAAGAUUCGAAAUAUCAUUAACAUUUCAAUGCGCCGCGAGUAUGCGCAGAACGGACUUGACCGCAUCUUUAAUAAAUGGAAAAAUUAUUACUAUGGUACAAAGUUUGCUAUCUCUACCAGUAGCACAUGCAAUUCGGAUGUUGUUAAAGUUACAGCUAAAGUAUACAUUUUUGUCGAUCUAAAUAGGAUGCGAGAGGAGGUUGGAUACAAAAACCCAUCGAUGACCACAACUAUGGGAGAAACCGAAGAGUCAAACUGCAAGGAACGCGUAAACUGAACUGCCCAGCUGCGAUUCAAAUAAGGCAUGUUGAGAUAUUUGACGAAUUCGAACUGCCAGGCAAUUUGUCCACACCCAAUAGCAUCCGAACGGCUAAAGAAAAGAAAAUGACAGAUCUGAAGCAAAAGUUGGGAUCAGGUGAGAAACUGAAAACGUCCACGCGACAUUACCUAAAAAUUCCGUUGUGCAAGGAGCAUGCUGGGCAUCCCGUUGGUGAAAAUGCGUCUGUCAACCAAGCAAUCGACAAAAAGAUAAUCGAACGUAUUUACGAACUGGCAAAGAAAAACGUCACUGGCGUUAAAGAGGUAAAACGAUGUCUGGAUGAAUUCGUCGUUAAAGAGCUAUUCUCAGGGGCUCCGAAACACACAUGGCCGAAAAAAACGAAUCGAAGAUACUAUCCGUCCAGCAAGGAUCUGCGCAAUCAUAUUGCAAAAGCUGUUGCAGCCGAGAAGUACUGCAACGACGACCAAGAGUCCCUCCUGCGGAAAAUCACAGAUUGGAAACAAUCCCGGCCCGGCGCAAAAUUCUUCCUCCGAACCCAGGGAGGCGAACCCAACUUCUUUGGUGACGCCGCCGUUCCCACGAACAGAAGCGAAAAUUUUCUCUUCGUGCACCAAGAAGAAUGGCAACGCAGACUUCUGCUGAGGUAUGGAAGCGUGCUUGCCCUACUUGACGCAACGUACAAGACAACCAAAUACGCCAUGCCGCUAUUCUUCUUAUGCGUAAACACCAACGUUGGGUAUAAAGUGGUUGCGGAGUUUAUGUGUCAGCACGAGGAUGAAAUCUCUAUUGCAGAAGCCUUGGGAAUAUUGCGAGGGCGGAACCUAGAGUGGAACCCAAAGUACUUUAUGGUCGACUUUUCAGCGGCCGAAAUAGGAGCGAUAGAAAAGUGCUUUCCUGGUGUUGUUGCCUAUAUCUGUGACUUUCACCGUCAACAGGCGAUCCAACGCUGGGCCAGGGCCGGCAAGAAUGGAUUAGAUCACGACGAGCAGCAGUUUUUCCAGUCAGCUAUGACGAGAAUUGGUAGUGCGCCAACCGAAAAGCAAUACGAAGGCGAGUUAUUGUCACUACGCCAAUCCACUCUGUACAAAACCAACGCAAAUGUGAGAAGUUACGUGGAAACAACGUGGAUCCCAUGUUAUUUUCGCUGGUGUCAAGCAUUUCGCAAGUCACAAGCGUUAAAUAUAGUCAACACCAACAAUGGAGUGGAAUCGAUGAAUAGGCUGUUCAAGUAUGACUAUCUUCCACGAUCCAUUGACAAAUCUUUGUAUGGCAUUGUCGUGAUGAUUGUUUGUUCUUUCCUACCCGACACCUACCAAAACUAUCUAAGCGCUAAUUUAAGAUUAAGUGGCUCGUACAGAAAGUACAAUUCCAUGGUUCCAGACUAUUUAAAAGACCGGCCACCUAAUUUUGUUAAACACUGUCUGAAGAAUAAGUUUGCCGCGCAAGAGAUCGAGGAAAAAGACAUAACCUGUUCAAACCAUGAACAAGGCAGGUUUCUGGUCAAAAGCUCGAGAGUAAAAAAUGUAAGCUACCAAGUGCAAUUCCACGUUCCUAGUUGUACAUGCGAAUCUUGGAGGCGAUCCACCUUCCCAUGUAAGCAUUUUUUCGCGAUCUUUAAUUUCUUCCCCAAGUGGCAGUUUACCAAUUUACCCGUGUCAUAUCGAGAGAGCGUAUUCAUCACACUCGAUAACGAUGACUUGCUAAUGAAUCGGCAGGCAAACAGCGUCCACACACAGUCGGUCAACUCUAGCACAGCCAUAGAAGAGCCACCUUCUCCUAAUGAAAGUCCACCAUUUGAUCAAGAAACAUCAUAUUCAACACCAACAAAAGUUCCCAUUCCAUCGGAACAACCCGAUAGUGUUGUAAAACUGAAGAAACGGUUUCAUGAACAGUUAUCCGGACUAAAGGAUGUGUCGUUUCUGGUCGAAGAUACAGAGGUUCUCCAAGAGGCAAUAACCACUCUCGAGAUCUUGCAAGGAAAACUUCGUGCUACUUGUCCACGAGCUGAAGGCCUUUUUCUUAGAGGUAGUCCUAAAAAGAAAAAAUUAAAGAUUACGUCAACGGAUUACCAUAAAGUGUUUCACAAGAGUCUUUCUCUCAGGAAAAAACGUACCAAGAAGGUUACACAAGAAAAUUGCGUCAUCAAAGCAGAUAAAAAGGUAAGAAAAAGAUGGAGUAAUAGGCAAGCAUGCGGUUUUACUACCUAUACGGUACAAAUAAUAUACGGUACAAAUAAUAUACGGAUAAACAAUAAACACUUUUAGCUUUUACGGUGGAAAUUUAUGGCAAAUAGUAUGAAUAUUUUGAUUAUUAUUUAUUCUAUCAUUUUCAUUCAGCUUAUUCUUUUGAAGGAGCCACCCGCUGUAGAAGAGCAUCGUUUCAUCGAUCUCACUCUGGAUGUCUCGGAUGAAGAAAGUAAGAAAACUGACACGAAGACGCCAAACAAUGAUAG